AUGAUAUCGAAAACGAUCCUCUAUGGUCUGGUCCUUACCAGCAGCGCACCAGCAGCUCUGGGUCACUGGACCUACAGCCGACUAAUUGUUAACGACGAAGUCGUUGGAGAACCCUGGCAAUAUAUUAGAAAUCACAAUAAUUCCAAUGCGCCACUGACGAACGUGAACUCGACCGACUUCCGGUGCAACGUGGACGCCCAGCCAGCCGAGACCUACACGGUGCGCGCCGGCGACGAGGUCGGUUUCGGAAUCAACGAACACUUCGGCCACCCAGGAAUCCAACAGGUAUAUCUAUCUAAGGCACCUGAAGGUGUCGCGGCCGCUGAUUACGACGGGUCUGGGGGCUGGGCUAGGGUCUACUCGCUGACAUCGUCGCCAACCAAUUCCACCAAUUCCUCUUCUAUAAAUGACGAUGAGGAGGAAGUGCUCGCGUGGGCCACGCACAACAUCGAAACUUUCCGGUUCGCGCUGCCGACUUCGACUCCGCCAGGCGAGUACCCCUCCGAGCCGAGGGAUUGGCCUUACACGCGGCGCAUAAAUGGGCGCAAGCCCAGUUCUACGUAUCGUGCGCACAGAGAUUAA